AUGAGCAGGCCGUACGACUACAACGGGGUGGUCUGGGCUGGCAAGGACAAGAUACACCAUGUCUACAUGGAUGACCGCGCGUGGGGCGUGUGGAAGAACGUGACCAUCACCGCGGUCGGCAUGAAGAACGGGACGCACAUCGCCGCAACCGGGCAGCCCGGCUACAUGUCCCUGUGGUGGGCGGCCAAGCGAAAGGUGGUGCGCAUGCACUGGGGGGCUUACAACAACUGGACGGCCCGGACGAACUAUGUGCCGACGACCGUCCCGAUCUCGCCCGGCACGAAGAUGUACGCGAUGAGCAUGUCGGGCACCUACGCCGGCGUCGUGUGGGCCGGCGAGGGCAAGAUCCACCACCUCUGCCACACCGCAGACGACUGGAGCAGCUUCAAGUACCACGCGUACGACCAGGCUGGCAUUACCAGCAGCACGCCCCUGGCCGCGUGCGGGCGCCCCGGCUUCCUGGGCAUCUUCUGGGCCGGGGAGAACAAGGUGCACAUGAUGCGCAUGACCGUCUUCACGGGCUACCAGCCCGAGCACGUGGUGCUCCCCCCGCAGGUGCACAUCUUGCCCGGCAUGUCGCUGUCGGCCAUGUGCAGGGACGACCAGUACAACGGUGUCGUCUGGACCGGCCUCGGAGGCACGCACCAUCUCUACGAGGACUGGCAGGGCUCGCCGGCGGAGGCGCCUCGCCGCCGGCAGGCGUGGGGCGAGUGGAAAUACCACGACCUCACCCU